AUGACGCGAAGCAUCCAUCCUUUUGACCCUUUGCAACCGAGGGAGAUCACCGAGGCGGCGGAGAUUGUCCGACAGCAUCUACCCGGAUGUGACUUGAACUUCCGUGCCAUCACCCUGAGAGAGCCGCCCAAGCAUGAAGCGCUCGUCUUUCUUGAACAGGAAAAAGCCGGUGUCUCCGGAGCAUCCCUUCCGCCCCGAUGUGCCUCUGUCCAGCUUCUGAAGAGCAAGCAGGAGGAUGGCCCCCGGAGAAUUUUGGUUGACCUCAUCGUCAAUCUUGACAAAGGCACCGUCCUCUCUGAAGAGGUUCAGGAAGGAAAACACACGUUUAUCGACCCAGACUUCAUGCAACAGGUAGAGGCCGUGUGCUUGGCCGACGCGCGCAUUCAAGCCGAGAUUCGGAAACUCGAGUUGCCCGAGGGAGCGACGGUCUGCGUCGAGCCAUGGUCAUACGCGACCGACGGGAUGGAGGACAUGGCCCAACGCAUCACCAUGCCGGAGGGGCCCUCGUUCCGCGUCGUCGGCAACCUUCUCCAGUGGGAAAAGUGGGAAAUGCACGUGGGCUUCAACUACCGCGAGGGCCUCACCCUCCACAACGUCCGCUACGACGGCCGUAGCCUAUUUUACCGCCUGUCCCUGGCGGAGAUGUUCCACCGGGAGCCCCUCAAGCUCCCCAACGUCGUGUGCUGCCACGAGCAGGACGACGGCAUCCUGUGGAAGCACACCAACUUCCGCACCGGCAACGCCGUGGUGACGCGCUCGCGGCUGCUCGUCCUGCAAACCAUCAUCACCGUCGGCAACUACGAGUACGUGUUCGCCUUCCACUUUGGCCAGGACGCGGCCAUGAGCUACGAGGUCCGCGCCACGGGCAUCCUCUCCACCUGUCCCAUCGACGUGGGCGCAACGGUGCCGUACGGGACCAUUAUCGCGCCGGGCGUCGUCGCGCCGUUCCACCAGCACCUGUUUUGCCUACGCAUCGACCCUAGCCUCGACGGGCACGCCAACUCGCUCCUGGUGGAGGAGUCCCACCCCAUGCCUCUGGACGACCCGGCCGUCCACAACCCGCUGGGCACCGGGUAUACGACUACCUCGACCGUCGUGGAACGCGAGGCGGGGCUGGACUUGAGCUUCGCCACCAACCGCACGUUCAAGAUUAUCAACGAGAACGUCAUCAACCCGACCACCGGCACACCCAUUGGCUACAAGAUCCACCCCCACUACAGCCAGAUGAUCAUGGCCCAUCCCACCUCCUUCCACGCGAAGCGGUCGGAAUUCGGCGCCCACGCCGUCUGGGUCACGCGCUAUUCCGACGAGGAGAGGUUCGCCGCGGGCCGCUAUACCCUGCAGUCGACCGGCGGUGGCGGGAUAGCGUCGGCCAUUGCUCGUAGGCAGGGCGAAGAAGGCGAUGCCUCGGUGGACUGGCCCGUGAUGCCGGCCGAGCGGCUGACUGUGAGUCUCAAGCCCGCCAACUUCUUCGCCUUUAAUCCGGCGCUGGACGUAGCGGUGUCUUCGCAGGAAAAGAACCAGAGCGUCCUCGUGUGCGAUGGUUCGGGUGCUAGGGGAGGAAAGCAAUGCACGACAAUUUGA